CUAAUUCUGACAUUUUCUAAAUUUAUUUUGAAGCACCAUCUUAUUUUUAUAUUAUUGACAAAAUUUUUGCUUACAUACUGUGUAGGUAGCAUGCAAGAAGGUGUAUCUGAAUUGAACGGAUAACAUUGGAUUGAAAAAGACAGGCGCAAGAUUUUGUUGUGGAUCUAGGAACAAAUAAUCCAAGGUGGAUUUUCCUAGACAAAAAUAAUCGUUUUUGUGCUGAUCCAAGUUCAAAGUAUCCGUUGAUUUUAGACUUUUUUUUUAAAAAGAAAAAAUGAAUCGCAAGAAGUCGGCAGAGCAAAGCAAAGGUGAAAAUACGCCAAUGGCGGCACUCCUAAACCAGGCCUCUGCUCCUGGCGGAUUUUCAUCCCUUGGUUCAAUGAUGAACAAGUUUCCAGAGCCGAUUAAAGAUACUAGAGAGAAUUCGGAGAGUUCUGAAUACGCUAGUAGACAAACGGAUCAAAUUUUGGAGCCCGAACUGCAUUUGAGACGAAUGGGUUAUUGCAAUGACGAUCAGGUUUCCUGGGAUAAACUAGAAUUGCCCAGAAAAAGAAAUUUGUAUUUGGAGUUAUAUAGACGAGUGACAAACAAAAUAAAUGCAGACUGCAUAGUUUGUAUUGACAACGAUGAGUUCGAGUGCCAUCUUCUUGUCCUACAAUGUUAUUCAAAGUUAUUUGAUGCCUGUGCAGCUGUAAAAAAAGUUGAACUUCCAUCGGAUCAGUGUAGUGCGUCCGCUUUUUCAUUUAUUUAUGAUUGGAUGAGUGGGGGUGAACCGUCUUACAUUAACUUAACCAGGGCUAAUGUUUUGGAUAUUUUCACAUCAGCAGAAUAUUUAGGAAUUAACGAUUUGGUCGAACAAUGUUGGGCUUUCAUAGACAACGCAGAAAUUUUCAAUGAAGACUCUGCGUUUGCACUUUACCUCGAUGCUAAGGAAAGAAAUUUGCCGGAAGUUCAAGAACUAAUGCUGCCAAGAAUUAAAAAGUUUUUUUUGAUGUUGGUUAGUUCAUCAGAUUGGUUAGAAUUGGAUGUGACCGAUGUCAAAAUCUUGCUUCAGUCUAAUUAUGUUGCCGUAAAUUGUGAAAUGGAAAUAUUUAUGGCGGCUGUUCGAUGGUUGAAGAACAACUACGAAGACCGAGAACAGUACAAGUACGAAGUGCUAAAGUGUGUUAGGUUUGGAAACAUAGCACCUUGGCAAUUGGUGGAUAUCAAAAAAAAUCCAGAAAACCCGUACUUUAUUGAAUUGUGCCAAGAUGCACGGAUUUGCAAAAUGAUCGACGAAGGAAUAUCAUUUGUGAUAAUCAAAUAUUGGUAUGGUCAGGAAAAUAAUGACAAGGACCUGGGAAGCUGUUAUGGAAUGUUGGGGUUGGAAGAGCCCCUGGCAAGAAACUGGAUGGGUCCUGACAAAUCCUAUAACACCUUCAGGGAAUUUCUGAUAUACCUCGACCAGUAUCGUAGGAGUCAACUAAUUGACAAAACGAAACCUCUCUUAGCCCAGAAAGACAAAAAACUAUCAGAAGAAGGCAAACCGGUAUCAGUCAUUAAAAAAAGUGUUCCAGCUUUCUCCAGUAUUGAGGAUUUUUUAUCUCCGAAUAGGAAAUCAGGUUCUUCGAAAAAGUUAAACAAAUUUUAAUGUUGAUAGAUAAAUUGAACGUAUUAUAUUUUAUCAAGUACU